AUGGAGCGCCUUCCAGGUUUCAAUGUGGCUAAUCACUUUGAGAAGCGAAAGCUUCUCAUUGCUAUCAACUGCGUCGCUGCUCUGUCCAUCUUCUUCUUUGGAUAUGAUCAGGGUAUGAUGGGUGGAGUGAAUAACUCAAAAGACUACAUUGAUUUGAUGGGCUUUGGUUACGUCGACGAAGAAACUGGCGAGCCUGUGGUCACAGACAGUCUUCUCCAAGGCGGCAUCGUCUCUGUCUACUAUCUCGGCACUCUCUUUGGCUGCUUGUUUGGAGGAUGGGUGGGAGACAAACUUGGACGAAUAAAGACCAUUGCUAUUGGAUCCGUCUGGGCUAUCAUUGGUGCUGCGUUGCAGUGCUCUGCUCAAAACCAUGACUGGAUGAUCUGCUCCCGUGCAGUCAACGGUAUUGGAACGGGUAUUCUGAACGCCAUCGUUCCUGUCUGGGCUACCGAGACGGCAGAGCAUACUUCGCGUGGUCAAUUCAUUGCUAUUGAGUUUACGCUCAACAUUUUUGGUGUUGUCGUUGCGUACUGGCUCGAGUUUGGUUUGUCCUACAUCGACAACAACGGUUCGCAGUUCGGAUGGCGAUUCCCCAUUGCUUUCCAGAUCAUCCCCCUCCUUAUUCUUCUGGGAUGUGUUUGGUUCUUCCCUGAGUCACCUCGAUGGCUUGUCAAGGUUGGACGAGACGAUGAGGCGCAGUAUAUCCUUCGUCGCCUUCGUGGCUCGAGCGAAUUCGAUCGUGCUCGCGCCCAUGCUGAGUACACCGAUAUCAAGAACAUUGUUCAGCUCGAGAACAAGGAGUCUUCAAAGAACUCGUACCUUCACAUGUUCUUUGGUAUUGGAUCAGGUGAACUCCACACUGGUCGACGCGUUCAGCUCGUCAUCUGGCUUCAAAUCAUGCAAGAAUGGGUGGGAAUCGCUGGAGUAACGGUCUACGCCCCAACAAUCUUCCGCAUCGCGGGUUUCGACACAAGAAAGAGUCAAUGGAUCUCUGGUCUCAACAACAUCUUCUACAUGUUCGCCACACUGAUAUGCGUCUUCACCCUCGACCGAAUCGGCAGACGAUGGACUUUGUACUGGGGCGCUGCAGGCCAGGGAAUUGCCAUGUUCCUCGCCGCCGGCUUUUCUAAGCUCGGCCAGGAAGCCAGAGACGCCGGAGAUCUGGACAAGGCUAGCUCAUACGGUGCCGCCGCUGCUUCCUUCGUUUUCAUUUUCACCUCCGUCUUCGGCGCCACAUGGCUUACCGUGCCCUGGCUUUAUCCCGCUGAGAUCUUCCCCCUUCAAGUUCGAGCCAAGGGUAAUGCGUUUGGUGUUUUCGGAUGGUCCAUCGGUAACGGUUGGUUGACCCUUCUCUGCCCUGUGAUGUUCUCCAAGAUUGGCGAGAACACGCUUCACAUCUUCGGAGCCGCGAAUCUGAUUGCUAUCCCCAUGGUCUGGGCCUUGUACCCAGAGAGUAAUCAGCGUACACUGGAGGAGAUGGAUCUCCUAUUUGCCGCAGAUACACCUUGGGUUUGGGAUGCUGAGAAGAAGUUCAAGGAGUUGAAGGAGAGUCAGCCCGAACUUGUUACUGCUGCAGCGCAUAAUCGGGAUGUCAUGGAUGUUGAGACUGGUAAGAAGUCUGCAUCUGGAGAUGAUGUUAACAUGAGUGCAUGA